UAUUGCGGAGCACCCUGUAUGUCCAAAAAUAGAUGAAUUGUAAACAGAUUUUUACAAAGUAAAACAGAUUCUCCCUAUCCUAAAUAGAGCAAAAUUAAAAAACUAAAAAUCAACUAAAUGUAUGAUUUACAUGAAUAAUUUUAUAUAAUUUUUUCAGUACUUUGCUUAUGUGGUGAAAGUAUUUUUAUUUUUAUACAAAUAUGGUCACAUAUUCAAUACAUUCUGCCUACUAAUGAGUCCCGAUUUAAUCUCAUCUUCUAUCAUAGGGAUUGUCGCAUUGGUAGCGACAGGAACGAUGAUCAUGGCAUAUAUUUAUCAUGCCUGUGGAAUGUUUAAUAUUGCUAGUUACCGUAUCGAACAAGCAAUCAAUACUUUCCAAAAAAAUACCUUAAAAAGUGAAAACAAGAUUUAUAAAGAAAUUAGUUAUGCUGUAGAUAUUCAUCGCAAAGCUAUGGAAUUUAUCGACUAUUUGGUAUUAACCUUUGAGGAAUCGUAUUUUUUCUUUAUUGUAAUUGGCAUAAUUUGUCUUAGUCUUAAUUUUCUUUGGGCUACAUCGUAUAGCAGUAAUGUUGAGCAACUUAUAAUACCCAUUUUAAUAAUAUUAACCCUUUAUGCGUAUUUGUUCAUAUUGAAUUAUGUUGCGCAGGAAAUUACGGAUCACAAUGAAUACGUAUUUGUUACAGUAUAUAAUGUUCGGUGGUACAUGGCUCCAUUACAUGUCCAGAAAAUGAUAUUGUUUCUAUUGCAAAGAGGCAGUAAGGUUUUUCAUGUAAUUCUCGGUAGAAUAUUUGUUGCAUCCAUGGAAAGUGCCGUCACGCUACUGAGUACUUCGAUAUCUUAUUUCACUGUUCUCCAUUCUAUGAAGAAGAAUUAAGAGGUUAAAUCAAUAAUAAGAAAAUAAUAAUUUUAAUACUGAAAUGGGAGAAAAGCAGAGGGGCAGUAAAGAUAAAAGAAAAGAAAGAUUAUGACAAUCUUGUAUUUUAGAUAUGGUAUGUUGAAAUAUCAAGUCUACAACAGAAAAAAAUUGUUUAAGUAAAAAAUUGGGAUUUCAAAUUGUAAUAACUGCAGAAUAUGUAAAGUUGACAAUAACGUUGUCAAAAAGUUGACAAAAAAGACACAAUAAAAAUACUUUGUUAUUUAGAUUUUAUGUAGUU